UGGCUACGGUGGCUGCGGCGGUAGCGGUGUCAGAGGAGGAAGAAGAGGUCCGCGACAUCGACUGGCGGCGGCGAAUGGCGAUAUUUCGUCUGGGGCCGCGUCGCGUGUGUGUAUCAUCGGGCCCUCGCGUGCAUCGAGUACGUUCUCUUGGUGGUGCUUGGGGAGCUGGAGCAGCGGGGCAACGGUACAGCCGCUAGUAUGUCCAUUUUGAAGCAGUAAAGGGACGGCUUACCGUCCGUCCAGUGGUUAGCGAAAUGUAGUGCGCGUGCAUGGGAUCGCUGUGGUGCAGCGCCGAGAAGGGUCAGCAAUCAUAGGGGAGAUUUUGCGGAGCCAAGGCAAGGAGGAAGGAUGGCUUUCCUCUGCCCGGUGCGCAUACGCCGUGGCAAAAAAAAGAAACUGGGAGCGCACAAUUUUACUUUGGAAAAGGAUGGCCUGGGUGGACCUGGUAUGGGCUUAUCCAAUAGAGUGCCAUUACCACCGGGUCGUAUUACUGGAAGCGCUAGUAUUGAAACACUUGUAAGAGUGGGCAUUGAAAAAGAAAAUGGACUUUCUCCUGACAGUAAAAUGGUCAUUAUACACGAUUUUACUCCAUGUGUCGAUGAUGAACUUCAAGUUAAGAGAGGCCAGGUGGUGAAUGUGCUAUAUAGAGAAAAUGAUUGGGUAUAUGUCAUUGCUGCUGAUACCAGAAUGGAGGGUUUUGUUCCUCAUUCGUAUUGUGCUCCUUACACAUCUCAAUUGGCAGAGACAACAUUGGCGCUUAUAAAUAACGUAAAGAAAAAAUUACCUCGUUCAAUGGAUGAUGGAGAUCUCCUUAGCUCUGGGAGAUCUCAAGGUCUGGAUAAUCAGCAAACAGAUACUGGUUCAGCUUCCGAUUGUGAAAGUUACGCUCGAAAUAUUACAACCGCUGAUAUAAAUGUGAACCAGUCAAUUUCUCAAUCCCAGAAUUCAAUUCAAACCACGCAGUCCCAGCCUGACGUUCAUCCAUUCUUCAAAGAUCCAUCAGCUGGAAGGUAUAUUGUUCUGUACACAUUUGUGGCUAGAGAUGAAAAUGAUGUAAGCGUAGAGAGAGGAGAAUUUGUUACGGUACUGAAUCGAGAUGAUCCAGAUUGGUUCUGGGUACUAAGACACUGCGACGGUAACGAAGGCUUUGUGCCAUCUGGUUUUGUGUAUCCAGGCCAUGUGCUUCACUCAUACACAACUACUGGAACAACAACGACAACGACAACCACCUCAAUUUCUGGAGAAACCCAUAAUUUAGGUGCAGGCAACGGGAAUGCAAUGGGUAACGAACAGUUACAACAAAAGGAUACGAGGGACUUCCGGGAUGAGACGACCGGUACCGAAUUAGUUGUACUUUAUGACUAUAAGGCGCAGGCGCCGGACGAUUUAUCCGUAAGACGAGCCGAUUGGAUUUACGCGGAUCUAGGCAAUCAAACCGUCGACGGAUGGCUUUGGGCGUAUGCACCGAAAACGAGAAAAUACGGUUUCAUUCCCAAGGCGUACGCACGCCCUCCCGCCAUGACUAGUUUAUAAAUAAUGCAGUUCGUAAUUCAUUGUAUUUAUAUAUUUUAUACUUAUCCUCUAAAUAAUACAAAAUUUCUAUCAAUGUUCCUGUAUAUGGAUGUCAAUUACAUUUUCUAAGCAAUUGGUUAUCAAUUUUUUUCUCACGAAAGAAUGUAACGGAUUAGAAUUUUGCAAUGCAAGCCCUAUUAAAAUCUUUUGUUUUGUUAACAACAGGGAAUUUUAAAUGUAUUAAUAAUUAAAAGUUUUCAACUGCGUGUCUUAUAUAAAUGUGCCUAGUAUUAUGAAAGAAAGGGGAUCAUACCUCGUAAGUCAAUGUAUCGAACAUUGAUGUUUAAAGUUUUAUAUCCAGACAUUAUUCGGUUAAGAAAUUCGUCGUGGGGUAUAGCACAAUCGCCAAUGAGGAAGAUUUCUCUUGGUUUCUCAAAAGUGUGCAAGAAAUUUAUUGGACCAGUUAUGUCAAUGAGCGGAGAGACUUGUUGUCGAUGCUGUCGAUGACCUAUACAUAUAUAGAUAUAUGUUUAAAUUUUAUGUACUCGUUUUUACAAAAUAUGUAUGCGCG